UCUCGCCCCUUUAUUUGAAAAAAAAAAAAAAUAAUAAUAAUAAUUCUUUUUCUUUCUUUCCUCCUCACCUGACGUGUGUUCGUGAGUCGACGGACUCAUUUCAAACAGUUUUCAGUGAUACUUAAAAAAGCAAGUGGAAAAUAAUUCAACAAGUUCCGUGUUUUUCUUUGAAAAAAAAAAAAAAAUCCCCAAAAUGUUGUGACUUAUUAUUAUUUUUUUUUUUCCUGAGUGCAAUGAAGAUUGAAAUCCUUGUGUUUGGUGUGUGAUCGAUUACUCCGACAGGGCACGCAAAAAAAAAAAAAAGCCGCAUGGUGACGAGUCGUUGAACUCGUGAGAUCGUGCGGCCGCAGCCCCAAAAUAUAAAAGGUGGAGGUGAUUGUCUACAAAAAGGAAACACAAGAAUUCAGUUUUUUUUUUGAUUCUUAAAAUAAAAAAAAAAAAACGAAUUUAAUUCUCAUCGUGUGGAAAACGAAAAGAAAAAAAAGAUGGCGGGAUCGGAUGGAGCCAUCCUGCUGACGACGGCCAGGUGGAGCGGCAGCAGCGGGAGUGGUUCCUCGGGUCAAUGCGAGGACUCGCCUCACGUUUACCUUCACGAUGUCGUCAAAUCGGGCGAGUUGCCGCAACUGGUCCGCAUCGUCAAGGGCUCUUACCUGGGCCUGGGCGCACCCUCUUUGCCCAAUCCAUCUCUGUCAUCAACGGCCCUAGUGGCCUCGGCUGGUGUCAGUCUCCGACUGGCCGUCCAGUGCCUCAAAUUCAAAGACAAUCACAAGACGGUCAACGUCGGCCCAAAGUUGGCCAUCCCCGAAACUUUCGACGGUUACUUUGAAAUCCUCAAUGAAGACGGACGGGCCGUCAGGGGCAUCGAGUCGGUGAACGAGCUGGCACGCAAGUUUCCCGACUCUUGCCUCGUCCGUCAGAAUAUCAAAGUCUUCUACCAGCAGUCGACGGACAGCAGUGCCAAGUCGGCCGACCACGUUUGCCACAACAUCACCGAGCGCUCGCGGACGCUGAACGCAGGCGAGCUCCUCGUGUUGGUGGGCGAAGUGAGCAGCGGGGGUCUCCUCUCGCCGUCCAGCGCUGGCCAGCGCUACUUGCGCUGCCUGGACUCGAGAGGCGACCACGUUUACCUGCCGAUGGACAUGCGGGCCAAAUUCAGCGCCGUCGCCAAAGAGGACAACCAACAGGGCAUCAGCGGCGUCCAUCGCAUCCGCGCCCUCCUCAACAAACGGCUCCCGUUGACCGUGAGAAUGGUGUCGGGCAGCCCGCCAGCCGGACUGAAAAUCGGCCAACAAUUCUGCUACGAAAUGCGGCUCCUGGCCAGUUUUAAAGAAGAGAUGAUCGUGGCUAUGCCUUUGGGUGUCAACCAGGCCAAAACGUCGACCGAUGGGCCGGGGGUAGUCAUCAUCCCGCCGACCGUUUCGCUCAAACUCCAAUUGCCCGUUAACCGACAGACCCUCAAGGCUACCAAGGAAUUCGCACGGAUGACGGAGCGCUGCCUACACCAGUACGGCCUCCUCUCGGACCGCAUCCAGGUCUACGACGCCCAUUUCAGCAAGAACUUGCGCUUCGACGGGCAGCACUGGCGGGUGCCCGUCCCGCUGCUCCUGGCUCCGCUCAGACGGAGCACCUCAGACCUGAUCCAAUCGAUCACCGGACACGGCGGCAACAGGAAACAUUCGCCCGAGAGUUCCAUGAACGUCCUACAGUCACUGACGACCGAAGAAUUGCCCGAAGCGGACGAAGACGGCCAGCAGGACGAGCUGCCGGUCGAGUACGACGAGAUCGACCAGAUCUACGACUACAUCCGCGGUUUCGCCCCACUGCCCAAGAACCUGAAGACGUCGUCGUCGACCUACGACAUCUUCAACGAAUCCAACCGGAGUAACAGGAAGUCGGAGCAGCGUCGCAACCUCUACAACAAAAUGGUCGUCGGUAAGAACACGUCCGAGUACAGUCAUCAGCAAAAAAUUCCAGUCAACGCCAGUCAAAAAUGCAAACCGGUUCCGCCUCCGCUGGAAACGAUUCCGACUCACCGGAACCGGAUCAACAGCCACAGUAAGGAGGUCAUCAGCAGUGCCGUGUCCACCGAGAAAGAGGAGCAGGUCCACAACAAUAGCACGGCCGUGACCAGCAUCGCGGUGAAUCACGGCGCUUCGUCGCCCGAACCUGUUGCCAAACCGCGCAUGUACAGACAGCGCAGCGCCCUGGCCGCAGGCGCCGCCCCAUCGGCUGCCGUCCAGCGGCUUUACAGCAAGAAUCCGGCGGCGGUAGUGAUACACCGUUCGCCCGGCAUGCUGAGUCCGGCCGAGAGCAAGCAAUCGCUGACUCCGUCGCCUCUUUUCAACAUCCGCUACAAGUCGAUGACGAAUUUACUGGCCGCUUCGGCUGCCGACUCGGACACUUUGGGGUCCAGCCAGAGCGGGGGUCGGUGUUCGGGCGGAUCGGCCGGAUCCGCCGCCGUCCGGUCGCCGCAUCACCCGAACCAGCAGCGCCUUCAUCAUCACGCGCAGAAGCAGCAUUACGCGAGGCAAGUGUCGGCGCCGCCAGUGUCACAACACCGGCUGUUCCAGCUACAUCGACCGCGAUCGCUGACUGAUUUACUGUGGGGCCGCAACAGCGAGAGCCAGCGCAACAAUCGGUCGGCUAACACCAAAUCGCCUUUGAAAAUUCAAUUGCACCCGACUGUGGUGGCUGAUGUCAUCCCGUCGAGUUCCAGCCGAACGUCUGGACCGAAAAGGGAGGUCGCCGGCCGUCGCCGACACUCGGGAUCCAACCACCUGCUCAAUACAGCCGCCGGAAAUGGAUCCAGCAGCACUACCACUAAGAAACACACCAUCUUCUAUCACCUGUAAUAACAGCAACAACAACAACACAUAUGCCUUCUUCUUUUCUUGCCUGACCUUGUACUUUUUGUUUGUUUCUGUUCCGUGUGUGUCUGUGUGUAUGUGUGUGUGUAAGGCGCUGUUUAUUUCAUUUGGUUUGCUUCAUCAUCUUCUGUUUUGUGUUUUCUUUUUUUUUUUUUUUUUUUUUUUUAAUGUUCCGGGGUUGUUAUUUUUCCUUCUUGUUUCUUCUAUUCCGCGUUCCAGCUUGAAUUUUUGUUCUUUUUUUUCCUUCUUGGAAUUGCCUUCCAAACACACACAAAAAUGAUCAGCGCUAAAAAUCACUUCAUCUUUAACGAAAUGCCACAUAUGCAAGUUCUAAUGUCAAUCCUUUCUGAAUAGGAAAGGUAAUUAUUAAUAUUUUGUUUCGAUAUUUUUCAAAAUGCAUUCGCGUCAGAGUCAAAUGUCAACCUGUAGAUUACGAGAGAGUGAAAUCUAAACUUUAAACAAAACAAAAAAAUAUGAAGAAGAAAACGAAAGGGCAAACGGAAGUGGAAUCACAACAAGAGAAAAGUAAAUUUGUACUUAAUUAAAUUAAAAAAAAUAAUGCCGAGCCGUGUAUCGUUACGUUUCUUCAACGCGUGUUUAUUUUUGUCAGAGAAAAUUGUUUUUUUU